AUGGCUUCGGACAGAGCGACAACCGACGGGAGGUUAAAUCCAUCCGCCGCCUCCGCCGCUGCCGCGGUUUCGAGAAUCGCCGCAGCAGAAGAAGGCACGGGAGCUCUCACCGCUUCUCGUGGCGCGGCGACGUUGGGAGCCGAGUCGCGGACCGCGAGUGUCCGAUCGAAGCUGAAUUCGACAAAGCCAGUCACAGAUCCAUCAAGAAACUCCCUAGACGAGGGGCUACCAGCAGACUCUGGGAGCGGGAAGAGGGAGCGAGCAGCGGCAGCGGUGCUGGCGGUGAAUAUCACGUCGGCGCCGUCGGAGCGCAGCGCGGGCAGCAACGCGUCGUUCCGGUUCGCGGCGUUCUGGUUGCCGACGGGAAGCCCUUGCAGUAACUGCUCCUACGCGUGCUCGAUCGAUGGCAAGCCCGCCACCACGUGUAACAGGGGCCACAAGCGAUACUCCGCGCUCGAAUCGGGGGAGCACACCUUCCGCGUGCGCGCCACUGCGCCGCCCUCGUCUCUCCGCGGAAACUCCGCAAAUGGCACCGCUGCUGCAGCCUCCCCUGCUGCUGCGGCUGUCAGUUCGACUGCGUCGCACACGUUCGUCGCAGACCCGUCGUGCCUGGUACCAGCGGAGAUCACCGCCGUGCCCCCGACCAGCCUCAACGCGUCCACGCAGAUCCUGCUCAACCUCUCACGCCCCUGCCUCGGCCUCUUCUGCUCCUCCAGGAGCAAUUGCUCGAUCGUGGUUCGGGGCCCAGCGGAGAUUGUCCCGGGGAGUUUCCAGGAGGUGGUGCCCGGGCUGCGGUACACAGCACGAGUGGCGUUCACAGCCAAGUACGGCCGCGUGAUCGUGCGCAUGCCAAGAGAGGCCUGCAUGGUCCGUGCGACCCUGGGGCAAGUCACGGAUGGCGACGCUGCUGCUGCUGGUGGUGAUGGUGGUGCUGGUGAGGGUGCGAGUGGUGGGGGCAGUCGCAGUAUUCGGAUUGCAGACACGCGGUUGGCUCCUAACGACCUGAGGCCGCGGUUGAAUGGGACGGCAGGGGGAGGCGGAGAGGGCGGAACCGGAGAGGCGCAAGGGGAGGGGGAGGGGGGAGUAGCGGCAAUGGAGGAAUGGGGGGAGGAGCAGCUGGUGGAGUCGUGCUCUUCUGCCUCUUUGAAGUUCCGAUACGGCGCCUCAACAACCCUUCCCCUCACCUCCUCCCUCCCCCCUCCGUCGCCCUCCUCCCUCCCCUCCCUCCCUCGCCCUCCUCCCUCCCCUCCCUCCCUCGCCCUCCUCCCUCCCCUCCCUCUCUCGCCCUCCUCCCUCCCCUCCCUCCCUCGCCCUCCUCCCUCCCCUCCCUCCCUCGCCCUCCUCCCUCCCCUCCCUCCCUCGCCCUCCUCCCUCACCUCCGCCCCCCCCUCCCUCCCUCACCCUCCUCCCUCCCCCGCGCGCCGAGCAGACCAGCGCGAUCUCAAGGUGCGAAUCACCCCCGAUCUGGACCCUACGCCCGUGUUCUUCCACGGGAAGCCGCGGCCGUUCUACACCGCUCUGCACCCCUCCGACGUGCGGUUCCUGGUGCGGCUGCAGACGGCGGCGGAUGGGCUGGAGGGCGCCGUGAGGGGCGCGGGCGUGGUGCGGGGCGGGAGGAUAGAGCGCAUUGAGGUGAUCAGCAGGAAGAAGCUCCGCGUGUGGGUGACUCCCACUGCGGGCCUCUCCCUCGUGUCUCUCUCCCUGCCUGAGGCUGCCCUCACCAAUGAAUACGGGGCAGUCAGCCAUGCGUCCUCGCCUGGGUUCAUCCUCUACGCCCCCGCGCCCCUAUCCGCGCAGCUCACGGCGCUCUCCCCGUUUCACGUGCUGGUUGCGCCCAUGGGGGAAGCAGUAGCAGGCGUGCUGGUGGCGCUCACAGCGCCAGUACGCGCAUUCACCACUGCGAGUGUAAGGGUGGCGGGCGCAGCAGUUCUCGGCAUCUACCAGCGGUCGCUGUUGGAGUACGUGGUGAGCAUUCAGCCCAGCGCAGCGGGAGAGGCGGCGUCGAUCCAUGUGCCUGCUGGGGCGCUGCAAGGCCCAGGCAACCGCAGCAACGAGCAGGCGUCCAACACUCUCACUUUCGUGCAGUGUACACGAGUCACCAGCAGCAGCGUCGAUGACGAGUCACCAGCAGCAGCGUCGAUGGUAUCAGGAGUCACAACAGCAGCAGCAUCUCUCUCCAUGGCCGCCUCCGCGCUGCUUUCCCUCUCCUCCUCCGCCCUCGCCCUCUCCGGCCAUGCUGCCACUGCCACCUCCGCAGCCUCUGCUGCCCUGCUCGCCGUGCCCUCUCGCAGUCUCCUGAACAUGGCGUUUCAUCUGCAGGCAAUGGCGCUCUCCUCCUCCCUCGCCACCGAUCUCCCGCUCACCUUCUCCCAAGCGGCACACAACCUGCUCUGGAUCGUACCCUCCGCCAAGCUCCCCUGGUCUCAAGAUCUCAACCCGCACAUGCUGCAGAAUCCUGCUAUAGCUGGUGGUUUUGCUGCUGGUGCUGCUGGUGGUGCUGCCUCUGGUGGUGGUUUUGGAGAGACAGAGGGACCAGCUAUGCAGAUUCCCAAAACGGGAGCAGAGGCAGGAGCAGGAGCAGUCGCAGCAGCAGGAGCAGGAGCAGCAGCAGCAGCCGCUGCAGUUGAAGCCCAUAGAACCGCAGUCAACGCCUCUGAAUCCUCCCCACUUUCGGCUUCAUCCACGUCUUCCUCUUCUCCCUCCUCUGCCCUCCCUGUGACUGUUCGUAUCGGUAAAGCAACAUACGCGAGCGAGUCUGGGCAUGCAGAUAACACUUUUCCCGCGCGAAGCCCGCACACCAGGAGGCUGCUGGGAAGGGAUAGCAUAGGGAAUGACAGAGGUGAAUCGAAUGGGGACUUCCAGAGAGAGAUGGGCGAUCUAGGAGGCGGUUUCAGAGGUGAUGUGAGUGAUGCAACUGAUGCAACUGAUGCCUUGAGACGUGAGUUAGGAAGCGAAUCGGGUGGGUCGGACUUGGUCCGGCACUACAUGAAGGGGAGGGGUGCCAAACGGCCAUCAGGGGGUACUGGUGGUGGUGGCUUUGAAGGUAAUUUCCUCCUCUCUUUGAGCCCCCUCUUCCCUCUUGACUUCCUCCCCCUUCAGUUCAACCGUCUCACACCCUUCCCCACCGUUCCCCCCAUCAAUUGUUCAUCCCCCCUGCACUUCCUGGGUUCUAAACGACAUGAUCAGGAGCUUGAAGCGGUUGCUGCGGGCGCUGCUUCGUAUUGGGACGAGGCUGCUUCCGAGGCUCACAUCGACCUCAUAUGGGGCAAGGCAAUGGAAACCUUAUUCUGGACUUCCAUCCUCAUCUCCUCCUUCAUCCUCCUCCAUCUCAUCUCCCUCCUCCUCCUCCCCAAGCCUUCCUCUUCCCCAUCGUCUUUCGCCUUCUCCUCCUCUUCUUCGUCCUCCGCCGCUUCUCACUCCGCCACACCCCCCGCAUUCUCCUCCCCUCCCCCAAGCACUCCGCUGCCCUACCUCCGCUCGCCCUACGCCUUCCCCUCGCCCUACUCCCGCCACUCCCGCUCCCCCGCUUCUACCCACUCCAGCCCUGGCCUCUGCUCCUCCCCUUCCCCCCCCAAGAAGCGCAACAGCGCUUCCCCCGCUUCCAGACGCGCCUCUUCCGCCUCCCCGCCCCCCUGCGCCUCCUCCCCCUCGCUGCCCUCGUCCCCCGCGCCUCCCUCCGCGCAUCUGCUCUCGUUCCCGCGUCCAGAGGUCGUGCUGGGGGUGUUUCUGCUGCCCGCGCUCUCCUUUUCCAUGGCUACUCUCUUCCAAGAGGUUGUGCUGGGGGUGUUUCUGCUGCCCGCGCUCUCCUUUUCCAUGGCUACUCUCUUCCGAGGCACGGCUGCAGGGCAGCUGGUAGUGGCCGUGGGGCUGCUCUUGCUGCUCGCUGCGCUCCUGCUCGCCGCUCUGCGCUUCAUCAUCGCCAUCUUUGCCAAUGCUGGACGGCCCCUCAUUGUUUACGAGGAACGAGACACCAAGGCCCUCUCCCACCACUCCUCCCCUCCUCCCUCACAGCACCUCCUCUCUCGCUUGCUCAACCUGCUCCUGGGUCGCCCGCUUUCAGCCUCCUGGCACCCCUCCCCGCACCCCAACACCAGCAGCAGCCUCAUUCUCAGCACCAGCAAGGGCCUUGCUGGGAUUGUGGAGAAUCCAGGGGCUGAGCACUUAGCUAAGUGGGGCCCGCUGGUGGAGACGCGGAGAGGGGUGCCGGCGGUGGGGAGGUGGUGGCAGAAGACGGUAGAGGAGAAAGUGGAGGAGGGGGAGCAGGGGGACGGGGAGGAGGGAGGGGGUUGGAAGGGUGGGGAGUGGUCGGGAGGAGGCAAGAUGGUGGUUAGUAGGGGCGGGGGAAUGGGUGGAAUGGGUGGAAUGGGUGGGGGAGCGGCGGUGGCAGGGUGUGUGGGGGGGGUGGUGGGGACGACGAUGCAGGUGGCACGAGUGAGGCUGGUUCGCGAUGGGGCUUCCAUGCGACAGGUGGGUGGGGUGUUGGGGGUCGUCAUAACCGACUCUCCCUCCGCUACCACAGCCACAGCAGCAGCUCCAUGGUUCUCCUCCGCCGCCCCAGCGCGCCCCUCCACAGUGUCACGCGCCAAGGGGCGACUGCGCACGCUGCACCUCCUGGCUGAUCUCUCCCACCGCAUUGCUCUGGGUGCUCUUCUGGGAGCCUUCCCCCUGCGCUCCUCGCCCCACGCCGCCUCUGCCCAGGUCAUCGCCCUCCUCGUGCUCUCCUCGCUGCAUCUCCUCUUCCUCCUCCUCGUCCGCCCCUUCAUCUCUCGUCUCAUCCUCGCGACAGAGUCGCUCUCUCACGCUGCCUACAUUGCCCUCCUCUCACUUGCCCUCGCAUUCAUCUCUCUAGACCCAUCUGCAAACCCCACUGCAUGCCAGCCCGGUUCUGCCUGGGAUAUCGCCAUGGUAUCAAUGCUUGCAGUCACUGCGGCGGCACAGACUGUGACCUUUUGGUACGGGAUUGUGAAGCAGGUUAGAGCCCUGUGCCCUGGUAAGGCGCUUGCGGCGUCAAGAGGAGGAGCAGCAACAGGAGGAGUAGCAGGAGCAGGAGCGGGAGGAGGGGUGGGAGGGGUUCGGUCAAAGAAGCUUCUGACUGCUGGGCCCGGUUCUUCUCCUAAGACUUUCUCGCCGUCCUACUCCCUCCCCACCUCCUCCUCCUCCCCCUCCGCGUGCUCCCCCGCGCCCUCUGCGGUUGUUCAGUUCUGGGAAGGACUGCAGGCUGUGUGGCAGGGGUUCGGGCUGCUGCUGCCGGUGGCUGUUCGUCCGUGGCUGGGGUGUGGGAGCAAGAGGGAGAAGGAGGAGGAGAGAGGAGGUGCGGCGGAGGAGAUGGGGAAGCAGUCUCUGGUGGCGAAUGAUGGGUGUGCGGUUGAGAUUAGUUAUGGGAGCAGCGGUGGGGAUGGGGAGGGAGGGAUGGGAGGGGCGGGCGGGGUGGGAGAGGAAGAUGCAGGGGUGCAGGAAGGUGAAGAAGGGUAUGAAACUGCAGAGGGGUUGGAGGGCCAGGGAGGGGGAGAGGCGGGCGACGCAAUGACUGCAGCUGCUGAUGGGUCUGGUUCUGCCGCUGCUGCUGCUGGCGCUGCUGUUGCUGGCACUGCCGCUGCUGCUGCUGCUGCUGCUGUGGGGAUCUUUACUGUAGCAGGAGGAGGCAGCGCAGCAGGAGGAGGAACAUCAGAGGAAGGCUACAGGACCGAGCGUGCAAGCACGUAUACAUCUUCUCCUAGUGUGGCAGCAGGCACAGGCACUCUCACAGCGUCUGCUAGCAGAACGAGCAUGGCUAGUGCACUCUCCCACAACAGCCUACCCACCACCACCGCUACUGGCACCGCCACCACCACUGCCACCGCCACUACUGGUAACCAGGAGGAUGUUCUUAGGAGCAACACCAACAACACCAGCAACGCGAACGGGAGCGAGGCUAGCACGGGGGUCUCUUUUACUGACUGGGCUACUGGAUCCCAUACAGACGGACUCACUAUAAGCUCGAUGGCUGGCUCCUGGGGCUGGUCAAAUGGCGGCCCGAAUGGGUCGACCCCGCUUAGUAACAGGGUGUUUAGUGUUUCGCGCAGUGCCGGGCUAAGUGCCGCGUUUAGUGGUGGGAACAUGAGGGUGGGGAGUGUGGGAGCAGGUGGAGCAGGAAGGGCUGCUGGUGGGGUGAUAGGAGGAGCGGGUAUGGGGUUUAACAGUCCUGGGUUGGUUGCAGUUGGGUCUGAAAAGGGACCUUCUGCUCCUGCUCUCUGGGCGAGUACCCAUAGCCCUCUGCCGGCUGUCAGUCCUGUGAUUUCACACAGCAUGGAUGGUUCAGGAGGAGCCUAUUCCGGCAGUGUGGCUGCCGCCGCUCCUAGGGCUUAUUCAGUCAGUAGGCAGCAGAACGUCCCACCAGCAUUCGCUGCUGCUGCUGCUGCUGCUGCUGCUGCUGCUACUGCUGCUGCCGCUGCUGGUAAAUCAGGAGCAGCAGGAGCAGAGGCAUCUCACGGGGCGUCAGAGCUGCACAGAGAGGGAUCGGAAGCGAGCUCCUUUGUUGCGGGAUCUACCCUGCCAGUGUCCCCUGUGACACAGAGCAGAUGGCCAGAGGCCAAGCCUUCCCUCUGGGCCUCCCUUCUCGGGCUCACUGGCGGCGGUCAAGCAGGUAGCGUGAUGGAGGAGGGAGGAAUAGGAGGGACAAAAGAGAGUGUGGCAGUGAUAGCUGAAGUGAAAAGGGGUGAGGUUGGGACAGAUGGAGAUACGGACGAGGGGACACGGGGAGUGGGAGAAGGAGGGAUGAGUGUGGAAGGGAGGGUGGGGAGUGGGAGGAGCGGGAGGGCUGGAAGCCUCCAGGUUUGGAGCCAAGCCUCUGGCGGAGGCUCGGGAAGUAAGAGGCAGGGGGAGAAGGACGGGGGUGUGAUGGGAGAGGAUGUGGAGGAGGGCGUGGGGAGUACAGGGGAGCCUUUUGGGGUGGGGGGGAGAAGGGAAGGGGUAGUUUGGGGCGGGAAGAUGGUGGUGGAAGAGGAGGAAGGAGGGGGUGCUGUGGCGUGCAGUGCGGUGGACGGGGGUGGUGAUGGGAGGAAGCGUGGAGUGAGGUCAUCCGAUGCGAGUGUGGAGGUGAAGGGAGGGAAUGUGAGGGAUGGUAUAGUAGGAGAAGACAUGGGAACAGCACCACGGAGUGCAGAUGGUAUGGUUGGUGCUGGCGCUGCUGCUUAUGCUGCUGCUGCUGGUGUUGCCGGUGCUGCUGGUGCUGGUGGUGCUGGUGGUGCUGCUGGUGCUGCUGGUGAUGGUAACCCGUGGGUGAUGAGGGCGAGUGUAGGGUCUACUGGAAGCUGCGGUAGCCGGCCCAGGGACUUCAUCCCUCCUGCCCUCCGUGACUCCUCCGCCUCUUCUGCUGCUGCACCUCCUGCUGCUGCCUCUCCUGCUCCCCACGCUUCUGCUGCUGCUACUUCUGCCUCCCCUGCUGCUUCUGCUGCUGCUGCUGCAGCGGUCGCUACUCCUCUGAUCAAGCAGGGCACGGCAGGGGAGGCUGUAGGUGAGGGCACCAACCCGUUUGACGGAAUGAGCCCAAGCAUAUCGGGGAUCAGGCGGGAGGUGGUGGAUGGGAUCUUGGCAGCAGCAGCAGCGCUCUAUGAGGAGAGGCACACUGGUGGGCCAGCUCCUGUAUCCCCCUUGCCUGCUCCCUCCCUCUCUGCUUCUCCCGCUCCUCCUGCAGCAGUGGGAGCAGCAGUAGCAGCAGCAGCAGCAGGAGCAGCAGGAGCAGCGGGAGCAGCAGGAGCAGCAGGAGCAGCAGGAGCAGCGGGAGCAGCAGCAUACGCAAUUGUGCAGCCGCAUGCUUCCACGAUGCCCACUCCUGAGGCAGUACGCACGGGCUCGGCACACGGCAAUCCUGCUGCUGUCGGCAAGAAUCCGUUGCGCGAGUCCGUGGGGCAAAACGUCGACGGCGAGGAGGUGAAGUCGGCUCGUAGCAGCGCCGCACUAUCCGGCUCUGCUGCUGCCGGUGCUGCUGGUUCUGGUGCGCGUUCUGGUGGUGGUGGCGGUGUGUUUGCUAAGGGGCUAUCAACAUCGUCUUCUGUCAUGUCUGCUGCCUCUGCUGUGGGAUCUGCUGCCUCUGCUGUGGGAUCUGCCGCUCCUCCUGCUGCUGCUGCUGCUGCUGCUGCUGCUGCUGCUGACUCUGCUGGUUUGUCUUCCCCAACUGCCGCUGCUCCUGCUUCCGUCGCGACUGCUGCUGCACUUGUCCCUGUGUCUGGCUCUGCCACACCAACUCCUCCUUCUGCUGAUGGGCAACAACCAAGACCUCUGCCUCUUGAAAUCCCUGCGCGGGUGCCUUUUGCAGCAGCAGCAGCAGUAGCUACGCCAGUAGCAGCAGCCACCCCAGCUGCAGCAGCAGCAGCAGCUACGCCAGCUGUGGUUCCUGCUGCUGCAGCACGUGUGUUUGUGGAAACACCAGGAGCAACUGGAACGCCGCUGCCUGUGUCCAUCCAACCUGGUUCAGCUCCCUCUCCUGCAGAAGCAGCAGCAACAGCAGCAGCAGGCAAGCUGCCAGCAGCAGGUUUCAUCACUCCCACCCCAGCAGGAGCAACUGCAAUGCAUGCAGGAGCAGCAGCUGCAGGCACGCCGGCAGCAGUAUACGGCACGCCAGGGGCCUUCCCUGUGCCCAUUCCAGAGAUGUGUGAGAGUCCAUUCGCCACGUCCCUGGACUUCAGCUUUGCAGGGCAGGGAGUAAGACAAGCGAGUGAACACCUGCCGCAACUGGUGCAAAGAAAGGAGUAUCGAGGGGAGCAGCAGCAGCAGCGGGAGUCUCUGGAUAGCCCUGGAGCAGAGGCGUAUGGGCGAGCUAGGGCAGGGAACGGGAGGAGGGAAGGGUUUGGAGGAGAAGGUAGUGCUGCGUGUGAUGGUGCUGCCAGUGGGACAUCCUCUCAUGUGUCUGCUCGUUCUGCUGCUGUCAUUACUGCCCCUGGACUUGCUCCUCCGCCUCCUCCUGCUGCUGUUGCUCCGUCAGUAUCUGCAUCAUCAGCAGCUGCACCAGCCGCAGCAGCAGCAGCAGUUAUUGCCGUUGAUAGAACCAAGGAGCAGCACUCUGCGUCAGGUACAGAGGGCAUGGGGGAAACGAGCUCAAUGGGAGAGACAUGGAGCAAUACGAGCCAGGGCAGCAGUCAAUACACAGGGGAGACGGGAAAGAAGGAGAAGAAGAAGAAGCAGAAGCGAGUAAAGAAGGCGAUCCGGGUUGCAGAGAGUACCGCGUCUAGCCUGGGGUUCCAUGCAGGGAAUGCGAUGGAGGGGAACGGGAGGGCGAGUUUAGAAGAGAAUGAUCCGAUGGCAGCGGUUGAUGGAUUGCUAAUGGUGGCUCCUACGGGUAGUGAAGCAGGGAGUAGGGCGAGAGGGAGGGCGGAUGUGGAGGGAGGGAAAGGAGGUGCAGGAGGAGGGGGGAAUGCGGCAGAGGAGAUGGUACCUGUGAGGUCAUGCUCUCCUGAUGUCAGUGCCAUGGGAAGUAAAGGGCACAGGAGCAUUGGAGGAGGGUUUGCUAUGGCGCAUCCUAGUGUGGGAUCUGGUGGUGGUGGUGGUGGUGCUGCUGCUGCUGCUAUCGGCAGUGGUGCCGCCAGGAGUGGGAGGAGUGGUGGUGGAAGUGCAAAGGGGAGUGGUGGGGGGAGCGGUAUGGCGCGCACUGCGUGCGCCUGUCUCCCCUGCAGCGGCCCUUCUUCCGCCGAAUCAGUCUCACUAGCAGCCCGCUCUGCCGCGUUUACUUCCGCCGGCUCUCCCCCGCGUGCCGCCGCGGGGGCUUCCGCUUUCCUCGCUCCCCCGGUAACGCGCGAGUCGCUGCAUUUCCGCGUCGCGCCGUCGCAGAGCGCGUGGCUGCGGCAGUCGCAGCAACAGAGCCGUGCGAUGAGCUCUUCCGCUCGUGCGACAGGCCCUGUCGCAUCCCAGUCGUCCGCAGCAGCCGCAGCCGCAGCUGCUGCGCGGAUGGGGGGAGGGUCGGGGGGAGGAUCAGGGGUGGGGGCGGUGGCGGGAGCUGUGGCGGGGCCAGCAGCGGGAAUAGCGGAAACGGCGGGCGGAGCGGUUGUAGCGGACGCGCCUCCUCUGAUCUAUCCGAACGCUGUUGUGCAUCCUGAUGCUAUGAUUCGGGAGGGUGUGGAGAUUGGGCCGUUCUGCACUGUUGGCCCCCAUGUGACUAUAGGGAGGGGUUGUAAGCUGCUGCCCGGGUGCCACGUGGCAGGGAACACAACAAUUGGCGAGUUUUGCACGCUGAUGAGUGGAGCAGUGGUGGGAGCAGACCUACCAGGCACGACAGUGAUCGGCAGUCACAACAGCAUCGGAUACCAUGCCACUGUGGGCGUCAAGUGCCAGGACCUCAAAUACCAG